AGGAAGCGGCUGCGGAGCCGCGCAAGGGCUGGGCGGGUACUCGCUCGCUCGCGCGCCUGUUGCUGUGGCCAUGCGGGUACCGGCGCCCGUUGUAACCGGCGCCCGUUGUAACCGGCGCCCGUUGUAACCGGCGCCCGUUGUAACCGGCGCCCGUUGUAACCGGCGCCCGUUGUAACCGGCGCCCGUUGUAACCGGCGCCCGUUGUAACCGGCGCCCGUUGUAACCGGCGCCCGUUGUAACCGGCGCCCGUUGUAACCGGCGCCCGUUGUAACCGGCAACGCGGCCCCGGCGGCAUGAGCGGCCAGCGGCGGGCCGGGAGGGGCGCGGCGGGAGGCGGCUCGCUGUGCGACCCCCACGGCCCCGGGCAGGGGGCAGCCGUAGCGGGGGCAACCUCCAGCGCCCGGUCGGGCGGCGCUGAGCUGUGUGGGGCCCGUGGUCCCGCGGGACAGGACGUGCCGGAAAGCCAGGAUAAUUUUCAAGGGUGGAUGACGGAACCAACCAGCCUUUCUGCAGGUGCAGAACAGACACAGAAAAAAGAAAGUGCUGCCACCGUACAGUUGAUGCAGCAUGAAGAGGAAGUUGGUGUUCCUUCUAAUGAACUUGGUUCAGCACACGCAACUACUGACCAGAAAGAGCAAUAUACAUCAGAAAUAAGCAAAGACCACAGAAGUACCAGGAGACCUGAGGAGACAGAUCAGGAUGCAUUUAGUGACUGUGAACUGUACCUAUCCAUGUCUGGUAAUUGUUCAGCAGUGGAAUCAUCUGAGGACAAUGAGGAGGACAUGUAUCGUGACGCAGAAGAAAUAGAGAGAGAGAAAAUACUACUUUGUGAGACAAGUUCUUCAGAAUAUAAACUAAGUGUUGCACCCGAAAUGGACAUCAUGGAAUACUGCAGAAAAGAAUGGAGAGGAAAUACACCAGUAGCAAAAAGGAUGAGAAAGGGAUAUGAAGCAGUUGCUCAGAAGUUUGCAUCUAUAAGGAGAGUGCGAGGUGAUAACUACUGUGCUCUCAGAGCAACUCUUUUCCAGGCACUAAGCCAAGCUACUCAGUUACCAAGCUGGCUGCAGAGUGAGGAUUUUACCAUGCUUUCUGAAAAUUUGCUGAGCAAAUAUGACUGGAUCAAGCAGUGGCAGCUAAAACAGAAACUGGGCAGGAAGAUGGGAGAAAUAAAUGAAGAAAUUAAAGAAUAUUUAAUACUUCUAAGGAAAAAGUGGAAGAACAUAAGUGAAAUCAAGGGUCCUAUUGAGAAACAACAAGCUUGUGAUAAAUUGUUUAAAAAUGAAGAGGAGGAGUAUAGUCUCUAUGAAGCACUGAAGUUUUUGAUGCUUAACACUGCCAUUGAAUUGUACAACGAUGAUAAAAAUGGAAGGAGAGUUCCUGUCUUCUCAUGGUUACUGUUUGCACGGGAUACCUCUAGCAACCCUUGCCAGUUAAUGCAUAAUCACUUGAAUCAUAUAGGUCACAGUGGAGGCCUUGAACAAGUGGAAAUGUUUCUCCUUGCUUAUGCUCUGCAGUAUACCAUCCAAGUGUACAGAUUAUAUAAAUACAGUACUGAUGAAUUCAUCACGCUUUAUCCCAACGACCCAGAGGAGGACUGGCCUGUGGUGACUCUCAUAACUGAAGAUGACAGACAUUAUAAUAUUCCAGUCAGAAUGUGCCAAGAGACUAUGCUGUAAACAAGCGAUUUUUUUUUUUUUUUUUGGCAGACAAACCUGUGCUGCUUAUUGGGGUUUCCAGUGCUGUUUUGAAACAGGGUGAUGAUGAAAUCUGAGUUAUUAAAUCUACAACUUGAAAUCCAUGUUUUAGAAGUUUACAUCUGAACUAAGGUAUCAAAUAGGUACUACCUUAAAAGGCAAAAAUUUUGCAAGUAUAGCUUUUGUUGCCCAUAAAAAAAAAAAAAAGGAAACUUCUGCAGUCCUCUUUUUUUUGUUUUUGAAGGCCUUAUUCUGAAUAGGAAUGCAAAAACUAUAGAUUUACUUCUUUUAAGAUAGGUGAGGCUCUGUAAUGAGCUGACCUUCUGCUCCCUGAAAUAAUGAGAUAAUGAUGAAUUGAAAUUUUUGGAAAAGUAAGGUGGCAGUGUCCUGACUGAUGUUUCUAAUGCUGCUUAGAAGCAAUUUGUACACAUCUUGGGUCUCGGGAAGCAAUAUAAUUCUUUUGCAGUUGGAAUUUAAUGCCUGACAUGUUUUAUGCUACAAAAGAUGUUUUUUAAAGUUUUCUAAUGCUUUGGGGUUUUUCCAACAUGAAUAUCUCUUAUUUAGAAGCCAGUUGUCUGUUACACAGAAAAUAAAGAGCUCUUCCCCUUUCAACUCCUUGGGAGGAUCGUGGCAAAGAGACUUCAUAGUAAGGGAGUAUAGAAGUUGUUUAUUAGUGAGUCAGAAAUUCAAGACCUACACAAAAUUCCCGCGCCAAUUGUGAUAGCUGGUAUGAGAUAACCACGUGCCCACUAACUUCCAUGUCUCUUCAUAUUAGUGUUCCUGUAAUGUUAAUCCUCGCUGGCAGCUGCUGUGGAGAACAUCAGGAUUUUAAUUUGUCCAGGGAGUGCAGUAGAUGGAAGUAAACUUGUGGUGCAACUUCUCCACUCUUGGGAGGGGUAUCUGGGGAGGUUCUGUUUCCGCUUAGAAUUAUUCAUUAUGCUUUAAAUUGAAGGAAUACAGAAUAUAUCAGAUGCUGGGAGAGCUGACAUACUUAAAAAUUAAGGUAAUAAUAAAAGCUUCACCUUUAGCUUAAAGUGGAAGUGUGCCCUACAGGUGAUUCUUGGAACAAGAGAGUGAAUGUUGAUUUAAAUGAAACGCUGGUCAUACACAGAUCACUUAGCUUCCCUUGGAAGGCCGCCUUCUAUACAAGGGAUAAGAUUAUAAGAACUACUUUUCUUUCAGAUAUUCUGGAGGAAAUGACAUGCAAAACUUCCAAUUCUGUUUUGUUCUACUUAAAAUUCAUUUGUUUGUUAACCUUUAUUACGAAAGGUAGUUAGACAAUGAGAAUGUGUAUUCACCAUGUUCUAAAAUGUUUUAGACGUAUCUUAAGGAAGUCGAUCAUGUCCUCAGUGUUAUAUUUAUCAUGUUGUCUUUGCCUUUUAAAACAACUGGUUUGAUCUGUUACUGAAAACUUCUGGGAGCUACAAGGGAAUACAAAUAAAGCAAUUCACCUGGCAGUAUAUUUUUUUCUUGUUUUAUGCCCUAUUUUCUCCCUAGCUUUGUAUUUUUGAGUUUUUAAUUUUGAAAUCCUUGAACAAGUUAGUUAUUUCUUGAAAGCUGCGAGGUGUGGCAACGUAUGUAAAACAAGUAACGAUUGGCUUGCUGCUUCCACAGGGACAGCAAAAAAAAUUUCCCUGAAUUGCUGUUACCCAAGUAAUGCUGAAAGGGAAAGAGAAAUAAACUAACCUUUGCGACUCACUGAGCUAUGGGAGAAAAGUUGUAGUUUUGAUUUAAAUAAAUGAAAUUAUUUAAAUCUUGAUGACUUCUAAUUGUGAUA